UGGCCAUGCUGGCCGAACAGCUAAGUUUUGGAGACAACAUCGAGACGACAAGUCAGAAUCGGAACCUCUCAAGUGCCAAGUUGUGUCAGUGCCAAGUUAUCUACAGUUCAGCAAAUGACCUGUGUGAUAUAAUUUUUAUUAAACGUGGGAUUGAAGCAGGUUUAAAAAGAGAAAAAAAAGAUAACCCAUCAUCAUGGAUGGAAGGCUCUUGUUCCUCGUCAUCGCCCUGAGUGCCUGCGGCAGCUUGCUCGCUUGCAAGCUACCACGCGAGCCAACCCAGGGAGAAUACAUGAAGUAUAUCGUGUGCUUGCAGAAAGCUACUGGCUUCACUUCGGAUGGCGGAAGAUGGGGCAGGUCGGUGGUGAAUGUCCUUGACCGGAGUCAGCCACUCAGGAAGCUAUUAAGAUCGAAGAAGACUGAGUGUGUGCUGAAGAAAAAUCCUCAGCCACAAGAUUACGUUGAUUACGUCAUGUGUCUGCAUAGCAAUGGCCACACUACUGAUGGAGGCCGUUGGGGAAGAUCUGUUGAUGAAGGGCUCACCAGAGAUGGACUCAAAUCCAAAUCUAAAAGGGAAGAGUGUGUACUCAAGUCGAAUCCACAACCGCAGGACUAUGUCAACUACGUGAUGUGUCUACAGGGUACUGGUUUCACCACUGACGGUGGCCGUUGGGGUAGGUCCACUGAUAGAGAGUUCACCAGAAACGAACCCGAAUCCAAAUCAAAACGGGACGAGUGCGUACUAAAAUCAAAGCCACAGCCACAGGAUUACGUUGAUUACGUCAUAUGCCUACAGGGUACUGGUUUCACCACUGACGGUGGCCGUUGGGGAAGGUCCAUUGAUAGAGAGUUCACCAGAAAUGGACUCAAGUCUAAAUCAAAACGCGAUCAGUGUGUACUGAAAUCGAACCCACAACCACAGGAUUACGUCAACUAUGUCAUGUGUCUGCAGGGCAGUGGUUUCACCAGUGACGGUGGCCGCUGGGGCCGCUCAACAGAUCGCGCGAGGCACUACUCGAUCAUGGAGAAAGUCUUCCGUAACGUCCCCGACUUUGGGCGCUGGUUUCAGUUAAGGAGGGAGAGUGCUCACGAGCAGGCGGAGAUUCCGGCCAGACAAGGCGGAAGAGAUGAUGACCAGGAGACAGUGUUCUCAAGGCAGGCGAAUGGCCGAGUUCAAGACUUAGCUAACGCUGGAGUGACCAUCAUUGAACACCCAGUAAAGCGGGAAAUACGGCUACGGGACAUCACAGCAAAGAAGUCAUCUUAGGUAGAAAUUCCACGAUAAACUGUGCUUGUGUUUUGCUUUUUUAGUAGGGGCAUAUCACGUGCCUUCAACACUGAGUCUGGAACCGGUUGCGGUCCUUCCCUGGAAAGCCUAUUCAGCUCACAACGAUGUCAUUCCGAACGAUUUUCUCAAUUCCAUAAGGGGUGUGACAUGAAGACGCACUCAGACGUGACAUAUAGUUGGAGCGUUCAGGAACAGUACGAGCAGUAUGUUUUAGUCAAAAAUCAUUGCGAGAAUAGACCGGGUAGUUUGGAGUCGCCCAAAACGAACUAACAUUUCAGGCCGGUACCUUGCCGCAAAACAUUCCAAUAAUGCCAUAUCAAAGACCUUUCUCCUGCUUUCAGAAUAGAACUUGCUUAAAGAGUGUACAUAGUGAUGUGUAGAAUACUUUAUAUCAGUAUGAUAGUGACGCCGACAAAUUCAAUAUCAUUUCAUUGUUAUUUUGUAUAGAUAGAUCGUUCCUUGGUGGCGAGGCUGUGACUAAAGCAGUGCCACCUGUCGUCAUCUGUACACAAGUACUCGACAACACAAGACAGGCCAAGUCCCGAAAAACGCCAGAUUCUUUUUGUGACUGUCUUCAUAGUAGAAAUUCAUCCCCGAGACUAAAAUGAUGUCGUCCGAUCUGCUUCCUGUGACGUAAUCAGAUGGCAAUCUCGCGGCCACAACUUCAACCUCGUCCACUGUAUUGUUUUUGUUCGAAUCUCGCACUUCUUCGAAUGUGCCUUUUACGUUGAAUAGAUGAGAAAUAUAAACUCUAUAUUUGUAUAGA